AGCUAUCAACAUGUCUGCCAUAUUCAAUUUCCAGAGUUUACUCACUGUCAUCUUGCUGCUUAUCUGCACCUGUGCAUACAUAAGAGCCCUAGCACCAAGUCUGCUUGACAAGAACAAAACAGGGUUUCUUGGGAUAUUCUGGAAAUGUGCAAGAAUAGGUGAAAGAAAAAGUCCUUAUGUGGCCUGUUGCUGUAUCAUCAUGGCUUUCACCAUUUUAUUUUCAGAAUAACUACAGUCUGAAUAAAACUUUUCAAUAAACGUCUCCACACCAGCA